GACACUUCAAUCUAUAAUAUUUGAGAGCCCUGACAAGAACAGAUGGGCUCGGUGUCUUAGUGAGCUAGUGAAAUAUGCUGCUGAACUUUGUCCAAGCUCUGUUCAGGAAGCAAACAUGCAGCGACCAUGGCUCUUGGCCGCUCACACUUGGAAGCAUGUGAAAUCAUGUUCAGCGAACUUUCAUCUUUUAUUGAUGAAGUUUCUUCUGAGACAGAAGGAAAACCAAAGUGGAAGAGUCAAAAGGCUCGUCGGGAAGAGCUUCGUGUCCACAUUGCAAAUAUUUAUCGUACUGUUGCAGAAAAUAUAUGGCCUGGCAUGCUAGCACGGAAGCCAGUGUUCCGUCUGCAAUAUCUUAAAUUCAUUGAUGAGACAACUAGACUAAUCUCAACAACUCCUGAAAGUUUUCAAGACAUGCAACCAUUCCGCUAUGCACUUGCUUGUGUUCUAAGAUCAUUAGCCCCAGAAUUUGUUGAUUCGAAAUCUGAGAAAUUUGAUGUUAGAACUAGAAAGCGACUCUUUGAUCUUCUUCUCUCCUGGUCUGAUGAUACAUGCAGUACAUGGAGUGUAGAUGGUGUGAGUGAUUAUAGACGUGAAGUUGAUCGUUACAAGUCUUCUCAACAUGCAAGAUCAAAAGAUUCGGUGGAUAAAAUAUCAUUUGACAAAGAACUGAAUGAACAGGUUGAGGCAAUCCAGUGGGCAUCCAUGAAUGCAAUAGCAUCACUUUUAUACGGACCGUGUUUUGAUGACAAUGCAAGGAAAAUGAGUGGCCGUGUGAUAUCUUGGAUUAAUGGUUUGUUUAUGGAGCCUACACCAAGGGCUCCAUUUGGUUUCUCACCAGCUGAUCCUAGAACUCCAUCAUAUACCAAGUACCAGGGGGAGGGUGGUCGAGGAGCUGCUGGUCGUGACAGGAUCAAGGGUGGCCAUCACCGUGUUUCUUUAGCAAAAUUGGCUUUGAAAAAUCUUUUGCUUACAAAUUUGGACUUGUUUCCUUCCUGUAUUGAUCAGUGCUACUACUCUAAUUCUUCUGUAGCUGAUGGAUACUUCAGUGUACUGGCUGAGGUCUACAUGCGUCAGGAGAUACCAAACUGUGAAAUACAAAGAUUAUUGAGUCUGAUCCUUUACAAGGUGGUAGACCCAUCAAGACAAAUUCGUGACGAUGCACUUCAGAUGCUGGAGACACUUUCUGUUCGUGAAUGGGCUGAGGAUGGCAUUGAGGGUUCAGGAAGUUAUCGAGCUGCCGUUGUUGGUAAUCUUCCUGAUUCCUAUCAACAAUUCCAAUACAAGCUUUCCUGUAAGCUUGCCAAAGAUCAUCCUGAAUUAAGCCAACUUCUUUGUGAGGAGAUUAUGCAGAGGCAGUUAGAUGCUGUUGAUAUAAUUGCACAACAUCAGGUCUUAACAUGCAUGGCUCCUUGGAUUGAGAACCUUAAUUUCUGGAAACUCAAGGAAGGCUGGAGUGAAAGGUUACUAAAAAGUCUCUACUAUGUAACAUGGCGGCAUGGAGACCAAUUUCCUGAUGAAAUUGAGAAGCUUUGGAGCACAAUUGCUAGCAAAAAUAGGAAUAUCAGCCCUGUUUUAGAUUUCUUGAUAACAAAAGGCAUUGAAGAUUGUGAUUCAAAUGCAUCAACUGAAAUAAGUGGUGCAUUUGCUACAUACUUCAGUGUUGCAAAACGGGUAAGUCUAUAUUUAGCACGAAUAUGCCCUCAGCGGACUAUAGAUCACCUAGUUUUCCAAUUGUCUCAACGACUACUAGAGGAUAGCAUGGAGCCAGUUGCAAGUAAGGGUGAUACUAGUGCAAAUUUUGUGCUAGAAUUCUCACAAGGUCCUGCUGUGGCCCAAAUGACGUCAGUUUUGGAUAACCAACCACACAUGUCCCCAUUGCUUGUAAGAGGUUCCCUUGAUGGUCCACUAAGAAAUGUUAGUGGGAGCUUGAGCUGGAGAACAGCAGGUAUGACAGGCCGGAGUGUAUCAGGUCCAUUAAGUCCAAUGCCUCCAGAGUUGAAUGUAGUCCCAGUAACUGCUGGGCGAUCUGGACAGCUUCUUCCAGCCUUGGUUAAUAUGUCAGGACCCUUGAUGGGUGUUAGAAGCUCAACAGGGAGUUUACGGAGCCGCCAUGUUUCACGAGACAGUGGGGAUUAUCUUGUUGACACUCCAAACUCAGGUGAAGAUGGACUGCAUGGUGGGAGUGCUAUGCAUGCUGUGAAUGCAAAAGAACUUCAAUCAGCCUUACAGGGUCAUCAGCAGCACUCACUUACGCAUGCAGAUAUAGCUCUGAUUCUUCUUGCUGAAAUUGCAUAUGAAAAUGAUGAAGAUUUCCGCCAAUACUUGCCUCUACUCUUUCACGUUAUCUUUGUUUCAAUGGAUAGCUCAGAAGACAUUGUACUAGAGCAUUGUCAGCAUUUACUCGUUAAUCUAUUAUAUUCCCUAGCAGGACGCCACUUAGAGCAAUAUGAGGUGGAAAAUAAUGAUAGGGAGAACAAACAGCAAGUUGUGAGCUUAAUUAAAUAUGUACAAUCUAAGCGAGGAAGCAUGAUGUGGGAGAAUGAAGAUCCAACAGUUGUCAGAACUGAGCUUCCAAGUGCAGCACUUCUUUCUGCCCUGGUUCAGAGCAUGGUGGAUGCUAUCUUCUUCCAAGGAGAUCUUCGGGAAACUUGGGGAGAAGAAGCUCUUAGAUGGGCUAUGGAGUGUACAUCAAGACACCUUGCCUGUCGGUCACAUCAGAUCUACCGUGCACUUCGACCAAGUGUAACAAGUGAUGCUUGUGUGUCCCUUCUUCGCUGCCUCCAUAGAUGUCUGGGAAAUCCAGUACCUCAAGUUUUGGGAUUUGUUAUGGAAAUUUUGAUGACAUUGCAAGUUAUGGUGGAGAAUAUGGAGCCAGAGAAGGUGAUACUCUACCCACAGCUGUUUUGGGGUUGUGUUGCUAUGAUGCACACAGAUUUUGUCCAUGUCUACCGCCAGGUUCUAGAACUGUUCUCUCAUGUGAUUGACCGUUUAUCUUUCCGUGAUCGGACAACAGAAAAUGUACUCCUUUCAAGUAUGCCCAGAGAUGAACUUGAUAGUAGUGUUUUAGGAGAAUUUCAGCGCACAGAAUCUAAAAGUGGCUACGAACCUCUACAAGAGGGGAGUUUACCUGCUUUUGAAGGGGUUCAGCCCCUUGUUCUUAAAGGACUUAUGUCGAGUGUCAGCCACAGUGUUGCUAUUGAUGUUCUCUCUCGUACAACAGUUCAUUCAUGCGAUUCUAUAUUUGGUGAUGCCGAGACAAGACUCCUGAUGCACAUCAUAGGAUUACUCCCUUGGCUCUGUCUUCAACUUAGUAAAGACAUAGUGAUAGGUCCAGUUUCACCACUCCAACAUCAAUAUCAAAAGGCAUGCUCUGUUGCUGUCAAUAUAGCAAUUUGGUGUCGAGCAAAAUCUUUGGAUGAAUUAGCUACUGUAUUUAUGAUUUACUCUCGAGGAGAGAUUAAGAGUAUUGAUAAUUUUCUGGCUUGUGUUUCACCACUUCUAUGUAAUGAAUGGUUUCCAAAACAUUCAACUUUGGCCUUUGGACACUUGCUAAGGCUACUGGAAAAAGGACCAGUUGAGUAUCAACGUGUCAUUCUACUCAUGCUCAAAGCUCUCCUCCAGCACACACCAAUGGACGCUACCCAGAGUCCUCAUAUAUAUGCAAUUGUGUCCCAAUUGGUGGAAAGCACUUUGUGUUGGGAGGCACUAAGUGUGUUAGAAGCCCUUCUACAAAGUUGCAGCUCAUUGACUAGUACUCAUGCAUAUGAACAAGGUUCAUUUGAGAACGGAAUUGGCGGACCUGAAGAAAAGUUGCUUGCUCCACAAACCUCAUUCAAGGCCCGAAGUGGCCCUCUACAGUAUGGCUUGGGAUCAGGACUAAGCUCGGCUUUUACACAUGGACAAUUUGGUUCAACUGAGUCUGGGAUGACACCAAGAGAGGUAGCUCUGCAGAAUACUCGUCUGAUUCUUGGUCGAGUAUUAGACAGAAGUGCGUUAGGAAAGAGAAAGGACCAGAAAAAGCUAGUCCCUUUUGUGCCCAAUGUUGGUAACCCGUGAUUGUAUAAUUCAUUUUCUGUAUAUAUUCUGUCCAAAGUUGAAAGUAGGGAUUGCUACAGGAUAGACGUUGUACAUACUACAUAGGCUGGGAUGAGAGUUUUGUAACAUUCUGUGUAGUUGUAGACAGAUCAUUUUCUUGUCAAAUAGCAUGCAUAAUUUAACUUCGAUUGUAACACUGAAAUGUAGUUUUCAGCUGUUCCUUCCUGCC